ACCGUUUUACAGGAUGUCCAGACGACAUAUCUCCACUGAAUAAAUUGUGUAAUUUAAAUUAAAACAAUAUAAUUAAAGAAUUGCUAAUAUUGACGUUUAUCGCACUACAAACGACCUAAAAUGAUGUCUUAUUUGCUGAAGUUAAUCCCGUGUUAUUAAAGUCGGUCGCCAGCAUCUGGCAACGCAGUGUGGGUGACGCGUGUUUGAUGUGAUACAGUUGUGGUAAGCGCAGAGUCGAGACGUCGUCCACACUGUCGCAUUUUAAAGCGGUGAAUGGAACAGCUAAAGCGAAUGGCACGUCUGUGCAUCGGUGCUCGGCUACAGAGAGUUGCUGUGUAACCCAGUACUCGUCUAUUGUGACGGACCACAUCAGCCUCCGUACCAUUCCCAAUGCCCCAUGAAUCUGGUUGGGUGACUGUCUGUAUGCAUAAGUGCCUAUGAAGAACUGUGUCAAAGAAGGGUUACUUUACCAGCACCAGCUUCCUGGAAUAGAAGAAUCACAGCGGUAUCUAGCUCAGGUGUCUUAAGAAACUUUAUUGGCCGGGUUCCCAGAUGAACGUGGUACCUUCAGGCGUUUGGAAAUUGCUCCCAAGGAUGAACCAGACUUGUGGAGGUCAGACUUGGCUGAUUUCUUUUGAUUUUCCCAUGAUGUCAAGCAAAGAGGCACUGAGUUUGAAGGCCUGAUGGAGCCAGGUACUCGACAAGAACUGCGCACAGCAGAUCCUAACCUCUGCUUGCUUUGUCACGGCCAGUCCUGAGUAUUGGGUGUCCAACUCAAACCGCAACUCACCCAAUAUCACCCCACCCCCCUAUUCUACUCCCUUUACCCUUCUCAGCCCACCCCUGGCUCCUCUAUCGGCCCUCCCACUCGCCCCCAAAAUGAUCGGCAAGCUGAAGCAGAAUUUACUAGUGGCCUGCCUGGUCAUCAGCUCCGUCACAGUCUUCUACCUGGGAAGGCACGCAAUGGAGUGCCACCACCGGAUAGAGGAGCGCAGCCAGCCGCUGUUUAGCAGCCUGCGCACCACCAUACGCACGGGCCAGAACCUCAGCAAUCCCUUCAUCUACAAUAAAGACAUGCCUCUUACAUUUAUUGGUGGCGUUCCUCGCAGUGGUACCACUCUAAUGCGGGCUAUGCUGGAUGCUCACCCUGAUGUACGCUGUGGGGAAGAGACCCGGGUCAUUCCUCGCAUUCUGGCUAUGAAGCAGAUGUGGAGUCGCUCUGGGCGGGAGAAAAUGCGUCUUGACGAAGCCGGAGUAACGGACGAGGUCUUGGACUCAGCCAUGCAGGCGUUCCUGCUGGAGAUCAUAGUAAAGCAUGGGGAGCCGGCCACCUACCUGUGUAAUAAAGACCCUUUUGCCCUGAAAUCCCUCACCUACCUAGCUAAGAUCUUCCCCCACGCGAAGUUCAUUCUUAUGAUCCGUGACGGCAGGGCCUCCGUCCACUCAAUGAUCUCACGCAAAGUCACCAUUGCCGGGUUUGACUUGAGCAGCUACCGGGACUGCCUAACAAAGUGGAACCGGGCUAUAGAGACAAUGUAUACACAGUGCCUGGAGGCAGCGGACAAGUGCCUACCUGUGCACUAUGAACAGCUCGUCCUGCACCCAGAAAAGUGGAUGAGGACACUUCUGAAAUUCCUGAACAUUCCUUGGAAUAAUGCAGUUCUGCAUCAUGAGGAGCUUAUUGGGAAAGCAGGAGGCGUUUCACUGUCCAAGGUAGAGAGAUCCACAGACCAAGUGAUCAAGCCUGUCAAUGUGGAGGCCUUAUCCAAGUGGGUGGGUAAAAUCCCCCAGGAUGUGCUGCGGGACAUGCCCGUUAUUGCCCCCAUGCUGGCCAGACUUGGCUAUGAUCCCCACGCCAAUCCCCCCAACUACGGCCGGCCCGACCCCCUUGUCCUGGACAAUACUAGAAGGGUCUUUAAAGGUGAAUUUCAGCUACCUGAUUUUCUUAAAGAACAGACACAGCUUCAGAAGUCCCCAGAAAAGCCAAACCCUAGUUAGGAGGAGAAGAGGACUUUACUUGUAGAAGUGGGUGCUUACUAGGCUGCUGCACCCUUACUGUGUUUCAGAGUUGAGUAGAAGCAGAUGCCGUGGGACCAUGAUGGACUUGCAUCACCCCUGCUAUGCUAGGAUCUCCAUGCAUGGAAACACUACACACACAAAUAUAAACACACACACAGGCCUCUGGGCCCGGACCACUCUUUGGAGGACAGUUUGGCCUUUGAUGUUGUACUGUAACAAUUGUGGCCUAAGAAUGUCAUUGCUGUUCUUAAUAAAUUGUUUCUUUUUCAUUUCUAUUUUUCCACACUGUACUCUUUUUAUUUCUUGGCUACAUAAACCUGUGAUUCUGUUAUAAGAAAAUACAGUGGAUUUAAUUAGCAAAAGGAAGUAUUUAUGGAGGAAAGUUAGCUUUAGAAUACAAGACACAAUCUCUAUUGUCAUAUUUUUAGUUUGUAAUGCCUUUGUAAUGUGCAAUUCCUUUUUGGUAUUGAAUGAUGUGCAAGAUCUUGAGCUAUUGAGAGUGUGUAGAGUUAGAACUGCAUUUUGUUCUCUGCAUUCACAAUGGAGUGACCUUGUGUACAUUGAGAGUUGUAAUAAAUGAGAUGUCAGUGUUUUAACACAAGAGGCAAUUGACGUUUCUCCAUUGGCAGAGAUGCUGUGUGGAUUUCUUUUAGUUCUUUUUACAAUCAUUAUUUUUCUACUUGUGUAAAUAAUAAUUAUAUGUGAUUUUAUUUCUUUCAAUGAAAUAAACCUGUGCACACUGUUGGCAGCAUUGUGCUGACAUUA